AUGAAAUCAACCCCCCACCGCUCCAAAUCCAACAUGUCCCCGACAAAGCCCACCAUGGCACCCAACCCACCUACCCGCGAAUCCAACACCGACCUCCUCGACGAGGUCCACCAAAGAAUCGACGAUUUCACCAACCGGCUGCUCGCCCUGUGCAUCCAAGUCUUCUCCUUCAUCGCACUGCUCGCGAAAUGGGUCUGGAUCGGACUGGCGCUGUGGUGGCGCUGCGCGGUAGUGCUGCUGUUCGCGCUGCUGGUGGUGCUGGGGGUGAACGUGCUGUCGUUGUCGUUGAUGAGUAUUUGCGCGAGAUAUGUCUACAACUGGGUUGUGAAUUUGCAGAGGGAGCAGGAAAGGGAUCGGUUUUGGGCUGUCAGGGGGUUGAGGAGGCGGAGGAGAGGGGUGCGAUGA